UCGGGUCUCAAUUGGCAUCCUUUGCACUCGGCGCAUUCUCUGUUUGGCUGCUCCCCGCCUCCGAGGACCCGUUUCUUUUACCCCUCACUUUUCUCUGUUCGCUCUUUCGCGUCGGUGAAUCUCGGUGGGGCACCACCACACAAUCUGCCCAACUUCAAAGAAAAGGCGCGACAGCCAGACAGAGUCAAGUGUGUGUGUGUGUAUGAGAAGAGAAGGGGCGCGGGAAUUCCACUAGCCACCCUUUCUUCUUGAAACUCUUUUUUCUUCUCUCUUCUCUCUCAUCUUUUCCGCCACAUACAAAUACACCAACGCACACCGAGGAUGGGUCAAGGGUAGUUGCUGCUGUGACAAAGGGAAUAAGACAACACAACUUGCAAGCAUGCAUCCGGCUCCGAAUCUGUUGGAGGCGCCUCCGAAGAAUGGCAGUGAGGAGUCUGGAAACAGACCCCAGACUGGCUCACCUUCAAUGUCUCAUCAUGAGCUGCCUCAAUCGCAACAGUCUCCGCUCCAACAACAGCAGUCAUUGCCACCGCAGCAUCAACAGCAGCAGCAAACGACUCCUCAGCACCAGUCACAGCAACCUCCCCCCACCCCCGGUCAGUCGGCUUCUCCUCCCCUGAGGAAGGACACCAACUCGUCCAUAUCAACUCAGGCCACGGCGGCAUCCGCUGCCACCAAUAUGUCCGUGGACACAAGCAACACAUCGUACAGUGCCGACACCUCUCCUAACUUAACAUCCAUAUUCCAUGUAAAGGAUGGCUCCGACGUCUCUAACCGGGUCCGCGCGAGCAGGAGGCGAACCGGUCCUUUGUCCCAGCAACAGAGAGAGAAAGCCGCACUCAUCAGAAAGCUGGGCGCAUGUAACGACUGUCGCAGAAGGAGAGUUGCAUGCCACCCUAGCCAUCAUAACAUGACAUGGGAGGAUGCCGUCAGGAAAUAUCAUAGGUCUCACAGUCCCAGCAUCCAGGAUAUCGCCCCGUCUAUGGCUGGCCAGCGGCCGCUUAGCCCAGCGCCGGCCCUGAACAACAAUAAUGUGAAGUCAAUGUUCACACAGGACCCCGAGGAGAUGGAGAUAGACUCCCCGACGCCUCCGGGUGGUCACCGACUCAGCGAAUCACGGAUUCGCACGCCGCUUCCGACCGGACCCAGGCUCGACAAGCCCCCGGUUUUGCCUGGCAUAGAAAGUCUCAAAUCUGACUUACAGACCAACGUUUCGAGAAUUCUGUCUACCCCCAGUCGAAGUCGCUACUCUAGUGCACAGGCCUUACUUCUGUACUGGCAGGACGACCCUGAUUUCAGUGUUGGCAGCUCUGUCAAAGAACUCGGAGAAGUUUUCGACCAGUAUUACCGGUAUACUUUUUCGAUCACGACUAUUCCGUCUGCUUCAGAGGCCUGCAAAAGCCCGUGGAGAUGGCUCUCGCGCAAGAUUACCGAUUUUGUGGAGGAUCGUGAUCAACGGGACGUUUUAAAGAUUGUCUACUACAAUGGUCAUUCCUACUUAGACGGCAAUCGGGAGAUGGUGCUCGCCAGCUCAAAAGACAAGGACAAGGCCGAGACCAUCCGAUGGAGUGGCAUUCAGCAGGUGCUUGAAGAGGCUUGUUCAGACACCCUGAUUGUCAUGGACGCCGCGUUCUUUCCAUCUUCGAAGAUGCACCGUCAACAAGGUGUCUUGGAAUUGGUAGCUGCUGCUGUAUCUGAGGAACACUUUGACGCCUUGGAUCGAUGCACAUUUACCAAAGUUUUGACCGAACACCUAAAGACACGCGCCUCUCAACGAUUCACGAGCCCCUUCUCCGCAGCAGAACUUCACUCGAAGCUGCUGUCCAAUUAUCCUUCUCUUGUUCAGGAUAGGAAUCCUGAAAAGGAAACGAUUACGAGUUUUCCGUCUCCUCUCCACAUGCAAAUGUCUGGAAAUGCUCGACUACCCUCGAUUCUUCUCGCACCUCUCAACAUCGGUCCCUUGAGGACAAGCCUUCCGUUCGGCACAGAAGGUCAGCAACUGGUUCUGUCUUUCCGGAUAGGAGACGAACCAAUUGACAUUGACAACUGGACCGAGUGGUUGAGAAUGAUGCCCGAGGGUGUCAAGGAUGUGAGGGUUGAUGGCCCUUUUCGACCAUCAAGAUAGCCUUCUGGUGGCCUAAGCCUGCUAGAGUAUAGAAAUCAGGAUCACUCGAAACGGGCGUCAAAAUAGCCUGGCGGUGCUUUGCCGCCGUAUUAUACGUUUAUCAAUUCCUCGAGUCCUAUUGUAGUGGAACAACCCCUCGACAAAGGACGCCACCGCGGGAAGCGGCGCGGCUACGAAAUAGUCACGAGACUCCGCCAGUGGAUUUGCGACUGUCGAAACUUCACUGUCUGCCGAGCUAUCAGACGCAGCCUGUCUCCGCCAAAACCCCUCUUUGUCUCAGCGCCCUUCACCGGGCCUGCUUUCACGCGUUAAUGACUGAUUUUCACGACA